GCACUAAAACUACCAUUAUACAGGACUCUUUUUCUUUUUUUCUUCUCACUCUAUUCAAAGACGUCUCUCUCCCCUCUCCUCUCUCUCUCUCUUUCUCAAAGGCCGUUUCUCGGGCGUCUCUGUCGAUCUCUGUUUGUAUUGUAUACUCCAUAAUUAUCUAUACUAAUUGUUCCAGUUAGGUUUUGGCAGCUCAGAGACAGAUCUUUCUCUCUCCAAUAUUCGGAUUGAAUUGGAUCUUGAUAUACACACAAUACAUACAUACACACACAUAUAUAUAUCUGUAUAGAUUCAUAUAUGAUGGACAAUGGUGAGAUUGAGAGCUCCGAUGACAAUGAAGUUGAGACGUCGCAGACACGAGGUCGUAAGUACAGGCCAGUGGUUGCUCACGACAAAGAUCACGCAAUCCUCGAGAUGUCCUCUCUCGAUCCUGGAUCUUCCUCUGAACCACUUCCAAAUCGGGACACUUCUUUGAAGAAAAUUAAAGUGAGCACACAGCUGAACAUGGGUUCCGAUGCGAGAGAAAGUUCAUUGCCUACUGAUGGAGGACUCAAUGACUCCCAGAGGGAAUCCAAAUUGGAAUUGUUCGGUUUUGAUUCCCUUGUUAAUAUUCUGGGUCUCAAGAGUAUGACAGGGGAACAGAUUCCCACACCUUCUAGUCCUAGAGAUGGUGAGGAUGUUUCUCUCGCUCUUGAGCGUCCCAAGGCUACUGAUGUGAAACUGGGGACAUUAAUGGGAGUGUUUGUGCCAUGCUUGCAGAGCAUUUUGGGAAUCAUCUACUAUAUUCGUUUUUCUUGGAUUGUUGGUAUGGCUGGUAUAGGCGAGUCGCUAUUGCUAGUCUCAUUCUGUGGCCUGUGUACUUCCUUAACUACAAUAUCAUUGAGUGCUAUUGCAACUAAUGGCGCAAUGAAGGGUGGGGGACCAUAUUAUCUCAUUGGUCGUGCCCUGGGUCCUGAGGUUGGAGUCAGCAUUGGACUAUGUUUUUUCCUUGGGAAUGCAGUUGCUGGUGCUCUUUAUGUUUUGGGAGCUGUAGAGACCUUUCUAAAUGCCGUGCCUGGGGCUGGGAUUUUUAAAGAAACUAUCACAAAAGUUAAUGGCACGGCAGUUGCAGAGCCCAUUUCAAGCCCGAAUUUACAUGACCUUCAAAUUUAUGGGAUCAUUGUGACCGUCGUCCUAUGCUUCAUUGUGUUUGGUGGCGUGAAAAUGAUCAAUCGGGUGGCACCUGCCUUCCUUGUACCUGUUUUAUUCUCAUUGUUUUCCAUAUUUGUUGGGAUACUUUUGGCGAGGAAGGAUCAACCAACAACGGGAAUCACGGGCUUGAGUUUGGACACUUUCAAAGGAAACUGGAGUCCAGAUUAUCAAACGACUAACAAUGCUGGAAUACCUGAUCCUGAGGGAAAGAUAUAUUGGAAUUUUAAUGCAUUGGUCGGUCUCUUUUUCCCUGCUGUAACGGGAAUUAUGGCAGGUUCAAAUCGCUCUGCAUCACUUAAAGACACCCAGCGAUCUAUUCCUGUUGGAACACUGGCUGCAACUCUCACGACUUCUGCUAUGUAUCUAUUUUCUGUGUUAUUAUUUGGAGCUCUGGCAACCAGAGAUAAACUUUUGACAGACAGGUUGCUUACAGCUACAGUUGCUUGGCCUUUUCCAGCACUCAUAUACAUCGGAAUAAUUCUUUCAACCUUAGGCGCAGCCCUUCAAAGCCUGACUGGUGCCCCACGUCUGCUUGCAGCAAUAGCCAAUGAUGACAUUCUGCCUGUUCUUAACUACUUCAAGGUUGCAGAUGGGAGUGAGCCUCACAUUGCUACACUCUUUACUGCUUUUCUCUGUAUUGGGUGUGUCAUAAUUGGGAAUCUGGAUCUAAUCACCCCGACCGUAACUAUGUUUUUCCUCCUAUGUUACGCGGGUGUGAACUUAUCUUGCUUCCUUCUGGAUCUUUUAGAUGCUCCCAGCUGGCGUCCUAGGUGGAAAAUUCACCAUUGGAGCCUCUCUCUUCUUGGAGCAUCACUUUGUAUUGUGAUCAUGUUCUUGAUUUCUUGGUCAUUCACUGUGGUGUCUCUAGCCCUAGUGAGCCUCAUAUAUUAUUAUGUGAGUAUCAAGGGGAAAGCUGGGGACUGGGGUGAUGGUUUCAAGAGUGCAUACUUUCAACUGGCACUCCGUAGUCUUCGAUCUUUAGGAGCAAACCAAGUUCACCCAAAGAACUGGUACCCAAUACCCCUUAUAUUCUGCCGGCCGUGGGGUAAACUGCCAGAGAAUGUACCCUGCCAUCCUAAACUUGCUGACUUCGCCAACUGCAUGAAGAAAAAAGGCCGAGGAAUGUCCAUCUUUUUCUCUAUCCUAGAUGGAGACUACCACGAGUGUGCUGAAGAUGCAAAGACUGCCUGCAAGCAGCUCAGUACCUACAUUGACUACAAACGGUGUGAAGGUGUAGCAGAGAUAAUUGUAGCACCCAGCAUGUCAGAUGGCUUCCGUGGCAUUAUCCAAACCAUUGGUCUAGGCAACCUCAAGCCCAAUAUCGUGGUGAUGCGUUACCCAGAAAUCUGGCGUCGUGAAAACCUUACUGAAAUCCCAACCACCUUUGUAGGAAUAAUUAAUGACUGCAUUGUUGCAAACAAGGCGGUUGUUAUUGUCAAGGGUCUCGAUGAGUGGCCUAAUGAGUAUCAGAGGCAGUAUGGUACUAUUGACUUGUAUUGGAUUGUGAGAGAUGGUGGUCUCAUGUUGCUUCUGUCCCAGCUCCUCCUUACAAAAGAGAGCUUUGAGAGCUGUAAGAUUCAGGUCUUCUGCAUUGCAGAGGAGGAUUCUAAUGCAGAGGAGCUCAAGGCUGAUGUGAAGAAGUUCCUAUACGAUCUUCGGAUGCAAGCUGAAGUGAUUGUUGUCACGAUGAAGUCAUGGGAUGUCCAAGUGGAUAGUGGGGCCCAGCAAGACGAGUCAGUGGAGGCAUUUACUGGUGCUCAGCGGCGGAUUGGUAAAUAUUUAGCAGAUAUGAGGGAGAAAGCUCAGAGGGAAGGGACACAACUAAUGGCUGACGGGAAGCCUGUAGUUGUCAAUGAGCAGCAGGUGGAGAAGUUCCUUUACACCACAUUGAAGCUGAACUCAACAAUUUUGAGAUACUCGAGAAUGGCUGCGGUGGUUCUUGUGAGUUUACCACCUCCACCUGUCAACCACCCAGCAUACUUCUACAUGGAGUACAUGGAUCUAUUAGUCGAAAAUGUACCUAGGCUUUUAAUUGUCCGGGGAUAUCGUAAGGAUGUUGUCACAUUGUUCACGUAGUUGCUUUUAGAUUGGAUCCUCGGACGGUAAUUGAUGAAAUUCUGGGUCCUGUUGUUCAUAUGUUUUUGUUUUACCCCCUUUUCCUCAAUGAUUGUAGCUCUAAUGUUAUUCUUUUUGCCACCAACGUUGUAGCAAAUUUUGUUAUUUUAAUGGGAAAUUUUUUCAAAGUUGCCUUUUUCA